AUGUACUACUUGAUCAAGUGGGAAGGUUAUCCUUCCACAGAAAAUAUUUCUGAGCCUGAGCAGAAUCUCACACAAUUGUGUAAGAGAAGCAGGCCGCCAAAAAGUGUAAAACACCACAAGUGGCCAUUCAUGGCCACCUUCCCUACUUGGUGGCCUAAGUUGCUUGCCCAUCUAUCUUUGUCCAUGAUGGAUGGUACCGACAAAAUCCUUCGGAAGACCAUCAUUUACAGUGAUCGAUGUCGCGAUGGAAUGGUAUUUACGAGACAAUUGUAUCGCAACCAAGUCCGCGCAAAACAAUUACGCACUCGCCAUGUUAUGAGGAUUUCGAUUUCCCGCAUCGGAUGGCUGCAGUGCAAUGCAGCCCGACAACGUAAAUCCGUGCACACGGACACUAUGAGUAAAGGGGGAAAUAGCCUGAGACUACCGUCUCAGGCUAUUUCGGCAUGUUUCGGUGCUGCCCGAAGAACUUUCGGCACAGCAUGUGCCCGAAGUCUGCCGAACCCAUGGCAGAAUGCCGAACCCAAUUUCGGGCUUCGUUCCGAAAGUUCAGAGCUCCAGCAAUUUCACACUGGGAAACACGUUGUUUACGCCCUCCAGCAAAGUUGUAAGGCAUAUGUCUCGCUGGGGACGAUGGUGAUUAGAAGACAAGUUGUCUGUCCUCCCGACGUGUGCUCCGCGGCCCAGAAAAUUACCUCAGUAGGACUUGCAAGGGGAGCGCUUCUUAAGCACUUGAAGAUUCCUGCAGCCAGGCUACAAGGGACGCCUGCACAAUCUGCGAGAGUGCGUUGUUUAAAAACCGUUGAGCACCCUUCGCACGAUAAUACCACAAGCAGCUAUGCCUUUGUGCUGCUUGAAGCGGAUGUUCAACGUGCAAUUUUGAGUGACUUCAAGGUGUACAAGCAGCCCACGAGCAUACAUGCGAGCCAAGGCAGUUAUUGA